AAAGAAAAAUGCAGAGGAAUGGGAUGAGAAGAGCCCAUUCUUUAUGGUGCAAGAGUUUAACAAACAACUUGCAUCAUCAUCAUCAUCCGUCUAUUCCAGUCACCACCACCACCAUGUCUAGUUUGGAGGAGCUGAGCUCCAUAGACAGGAUCCAGAGGAGGGUAACAGAUUGCAAUGAUGGUAAAAGCUUCUGUAUGCAUUCUCGGAAAGUAUCUCAACGACAACUUUUACUUGGGAACUCAUCAGUUUCUGGCACUCUAUGGGAAUCCAAACAUUUUCACACCUUACCACAUUCACUUAACAAGCAGCACCAGCUCCUUAGAGAAGUACCCAAGUUUGUGAAGAUUGUAGAAGUUGGUCCAAGGGAUGGCCUUCAGAACGAGAAAAACAUUGUUCCCACUUCUGUUAAGGUCGAACUCAUUCGGAGAUUGGUUUCUGCUGGUUUGCCCGUUGUCGAAGCUACUAGCUUUGUCUCUCCUAAAUGGGUUCCCCAGCUUGCAGAUGCAAAGAAUGUAAUGGAUGCAGUUAAUACUCUACAUGGGGCGGCUCGAUUGCCUGUUCUUACUCCCAAUCUUAAAGGUUUUGAAGCAGCUGUCUCUGCAGGUGCUAAGGAAGUUGCAAUCUUUGCAUCGGCUUCCGAGUCAUUCUCUUUGUCAAAUAUUAACUGUUCCAUUGAAGAGUCUCUCUUGAGAUAUCGUGCUGUUUCCACCGCUGCAAAGGAGCAUUCCAUUCCUGUCCGUGCGUAUGUAUCUUGCGCGGUGGGGUGUCCAGUGGAAGGAGCGGUUCCACCUUCAAAAGUAGCGCAUGUUGUCAAAGAGCUCUAUGACAUGGGCUGCUUUGAGAUUUCUCUUGGUGAUACAAUUGGAAUCGGCACUCCUGGUUCUGUGGUUCCCAUGCUUGAAGCCGUGAUGGCAGCUGUGCCAGCGGAAAAACUGGCUGUUCACUUCCACGAUACCUACGGACAAGCUCUUGCAAACAUAUUGGUCUCUCUCCAAAUGGGAAUAAACAUAGUAGACUCAUCGGUUGCUGGAUUAGGGGGUUGCCCAUAUGCAAAAGGAGCGUCAGGAAAUGUAGCAACAGAAGAUGUGGUUUACAUGUUAAACGGUUUGGGGGUCCAAACCAACGUCGACUUGGGAAAGCUAAUAGCUGCUGGAGAUUUCAUCAGCAAGCAUCUUGGCCGUCCUAACGGUUCCAAAGCCGCUGUUGCUCUCAGCCAUCAGAUCACAGCUGAUGCCUCCAAGCUAUGAAUGGCGCUCAUUAGUAUCGAAAGAUGUGCGUUUAUGUUUAUGUUUGGUUUUCUGAAUAUUUGUCAUUGUGUUCAUUCACACCAAAAAUAAGUAAUCAGUAGACAGACACUCUCUGUGAGAUAAGCUUCUGCUUUGUAAAACUCCUUUUCAUUAUAAAUGAUACAGUUAA